GCCACUUUACUAUCUUCACAGUUACACUUGAGGUCCACUCCUAGUCCCCUAUUACCAUAAUAAUGCUCAUUCAUUACCAUUGAUAAAAUUGACCAAUAAACAACACUUCAUACCACAGCCCAUCCCAAUGAAAUUCCUCCUUUUCAAUAAGUACAAACAAAUUCAUAAUUUUAAACCCGUUAUCUUUUUUCCCAUUUUCACAUCCAAACAUAACGAUGGGCUGCAACGCCUCAAGACUUGACCGGCUUCCGGCCGUGUCAUUGUGCCGCGACCGUUUCAAAUUCAUCGACGAAUCACUCCGUCAAAGCUACUCCCUCGCCGAUGCACACGUGGCACACAUGUAUUCCCUCAGAACACUUGGCCCUACUCUCCUUCAUUUCUUCAAGCAAUUUGAAGAUUUUUCUGGCGAAACCAAACCAUCACUCUCAAAAUCACCACCUCCACCACGCUCAAAAUCAUCUUCUAGUUCUGAUUCAGAUGCUGAACACGUCCCGCUGCAUUCUGAAUCAGAACCAGAACCGGAGGAUACAGAAGAAAAUUCUCAAUUAUGCACUCACAGUUAUAGACGUUAUGAUUAUCUCCACCACGACACCGUUUUAUCCUCAGUUCCUGAUAAUGUGACUUUCAUGACCUACGUCAAACCUAUCUACGAUUCCUAUUCUCCUCCGCCUCCGUCGAAUACCACCGGAAACUUUUCCGGUUUAAAUCCGCCGUCACCGCCUCCUCCGAGCAACUCUGCUUGGGAAUUUUUGGACUUCUUUGAACCGUACGAGAAAUUCAAAGUACGUUACAGUCACGGUGGGGACGGUUACACUGACACCAGCAUAACGGAUGAAAAAGAAAAGGAAAAGGAAAAGGUUAACGGUCACGUGACUCAGAAAAGUGAGUGUGUUAAAUCUAACGGAGUUAACGUGAGUGAGACAGAAAACGGAGAAGGGAAAAAUAAGGAAGCUAAUUUGAAAGAAGAGAGUUCAAUUUUGGAGAAAAAGUUACCGGAGUUAGAAGAAUGUAGCAAUUCUCCGAAAAUGGAAUCUGUGAAAGGUUUUUCUGAAACAGUGAAAGAGAUUCAGAUUCUAUUUGAAAGGGCAUCGGAUUCAGGGAAUGUGAUUUUGGAAAUGCUAGACGUUGGAAAACUUCGUUACCAUUCAAAAAUUGAACUCAAUCCAGUUUCGUGCAAGAUUAUGCAUGUGUUUACUCCAUCGAAUCCCCUAAUGGUUAAAUGCGUGGAAUCACCAUGUGGACGCCAAGCGGAGUGUCAAGGAGUUUACAAAGACAAGGGGAUCAGCUAUGAAAAUCUAUGCUCUACUUUGAGUAAACUAUGCAUGUGGGAGAAGAAGCUGUAUCAUGAAGUCAAGGCUGAGGAAAAAUUGCGCACACUCCAUGAGAAGAAGUGUAAGCAGUUGAGACGUAUGAAUAAAAAGGAUGCUGAUGCACAAAAAAUUAAUUCCAUAAAAGCUUUCAUCAGUAUUUUAGUUACAAAAAUGAAAGUUUCUAUCCAAGUAGUUGACAAGAUAUCUAACUCUAUUAGUAAAUUGACGGAAGAAGAGCUUUGGCCGCAGAUUAGCAGGUUUAUUCUCAUGUUUCUCGGAAUGUGGAAAGAUAUGCAAGAAUGUUACAAACGCCAGUAUCAGGAAAUUGUUGAAACCAAAGCUUUAGAUGUCUCCUCAUUUAACAGAAAGCCUUGCAAUGCUAAUAUUGAUGCAGCAAUAAAGCUCAAAACCGAGUUACAGAAAUGGAACUUAAGCUUCUUAGAUUGGAUUCAAGCUCAAAAGUUCCAUGUGAAAGCCCUGAAUGAUUGGCUAGUAAGAUGUCUAAUGUAUGAAUCUGAAGAACUACAGAAUGAUUCAACUCCCUUUGGUGCGCCACCUGUGUUUGUGGUCCUUAACAAAUGGUCAAAGGCAAUGGAUAAUAUUUCAGAGAAGAAUGUAGUUGAAGCUGUAAAUGGGUUUAUACUCAGAGUAAAUGAACUGUUGAAAAAUAAUAUUUUAGAGCUUCAGAAGAAUUCAACACUGGACAAGGAAAUAGAGAAAAAAGUGAAAAUUUUGGACAGCCAAGAGCAAAAGUUGGACAAAAUGGUGAAGGCUCGAGAGAGAAAGAUGGCUCCAAUUGCAAAAGAACCGAGAGAAGUAGGGGAUGCUAUUCAUAAUAAUGAUGAUAUAGUUGAUUCUCUUAGCUUACAAUCAGGUCUGAAGCAGAUCUUUGUUGCCAUGGAGAAGUUCAGUGCCACUACUGCUAGUUUAUAUGAAGAACUUUCUCAACAAAUUAAGCAAGAUCAUGUCUUAGGAGAAUCCAACAAAAAUCACUAGUUUUACAGCGAUGUAAACAUUACAUAUCUUUUGGAAAUAAAGAAUAAUGUGAAGUAUUUUAAGGCAAAACUAUAUUGUUGUGAUUAUGAUAAAUUGCACACAACUGUUUCUAGAUGA